AUGUCGGCACCAGGAGUUGGCUUCGAAUAUCCUGCCCAGGAGGUUUCCUGGCAGAAGAGGGAUGUUCUGCUGUUCGCGAACAGCAUCGGCUGCAAAGCUGAUGAACUGCAUUUCCUCUACGAACUGCACCCUAAUUUUGCUGUCUUCCCAACAUAUCCUCUAAUUCUCCCGUUCAAGCUCGCGGACCAGGAAGUGACGGAUUUCUAUGCACGCUCGAAGGCAACUCCUAUUCCUGGGGUGCCCCAAUUUGACUAUAGCAGGGUAGUGGACGGUCAGCGCAAGCUCACCGUGCUGAAACCCCUGCCGACCACCAGCGCUGGUCGUACGUUUGAGCUGCGCAAUAAAGUGGUUGGCGUCUACGAUAAAGGCAAACCGGGCACGGUAGUCGAGACUGAGCAGUCAAUUGUGGACAAGGAUACGGGUGAGGUAUAUUCCAAGACAGUGAGCAGCAAUUUCUUUGUCGGCCAGGGUAACUGGGGUGGACCGAAGGGUCCCAGCACCGUCAGCUACCCACCUCCCGAGGGCAAAAGUCCCGACGCUAUCCAUGUGGUUCAGAGUAAUCUGGAAACCGCACACCUCUACAGGCUUAAUGGAGAUUAUAACCCGCUCCACGCUACCCCGGAGCCCGGCGCCAAGAUGGGAUUUGGUGGCAUCAUCAUCCACGGGUUGUUCAGCUGGAACUCGGCUGCUCAGGGUAUCCUGAGGGAGCUGGGCGGGAGCGAUCCCAAUAACCUCCGAGAAUUCCAGGCGCGUUUCGCCUCGCCAGUCAAGCCCGGUGACAAGCUUAUCACUGAGAUCUGGAGAACUGGCAAUUUCCACAAUGAUCUCGAGGAGAUCCGUUUUGUCACGAAGAAUGGGAAUGGGAAGGUGGUCCUAAGCAAUGGCCGUUCUAUCGGCCAAACCCCUCGACAACGUCUUUCAUGCCGUCGAUUGCCCGCGGCCACUUCGACAAAGGCAAACUCGUCACUGCCAGCGCGACCGUCGCGUGAGGAUCCAUUUGUCGCGAGAUCAGCAUUGCAGCCUUUUGUGGACUUUGAGACAAACAAAUACAAUAAUCGAUAUACAGCCCUGAAAAGGACACCCGAGGGACACGAGGGUCUUUAUGGAAAUUUUUGGCUUAGGGAAAAUUGCCAAUGUUCGAAAUGCAUUCAUCCGGACACAAGGCAACGCAUUGUAGAUACUUUUUCGAUACCCAGUGAUGCCAAGAUUGAAAGGAUUGAAUACACCGCGGAUGGGGCUGAAGUGCUGUGGCUGGACGGCCAUCAGAGUUUCUACCCUUUCACGUGGCUAAGACUGCAUGCCAACGGAAAGAAGAUUCCACUGGAUCCAAAUAUGAUGGCAAUUCGGUUUUUCAAGCAUCAACCCCCCAGCGAUCCAUUUCCCCCGGCGGUCUCAUAUUCCAGCGUUAUGGAAGACGAUAGGGCUUUGUGGCGGUGGGUUGAAGCGAUUGUAAUCUACGGUUAUUGUUUUGUGCAGGGUGUACCUGUCGAUCCAGAGUCUACAAAGUCUCUUCUGGAAAGAAUUGCCUUUAUCAGGCAUACUCACUACGGUAGUGGCUUUUGGGACUUCACGUCCGAUUUGACCUUCAAGGACACCGCAUACACCUCGGAAGGGCUUGGUGCACACACAGAUAACACAUACUUCACUGAUCCCGCCCGGCUUCAACUCUUCCAUCUACUGUCCCAUACUGAUGGUGAUGGGGGAACCAGCCUACUAGUCGAUGGAUUUCAGGCGGCGAAAACUUUGUUUGCCCAAAAUCGCAAUCAUUUCCAUACUCUCGCUGAGAUCCCGCAACCAUUCCAUGCCAGCGGCAACGAGGACACCUGCAUACAGCCUGCGGCCCAGGUUCCCGUUUUCAACAUACAUCCGCAACACCAAAGGCUGUUCCAAAUUCGAUGGAACAAUUACGACCGGGCGGCCAAGACCGAUUGGACUAUGGAAGAGCAGAUGAAAUGGUACGAUGCGGCUCGUGCCUUCAAUGAGAUCAUCCACCGGCCGGAGAUGCAGCUCUGGACCCAGCUUGAGCCUGGAACAGCACUGAUUUUUGAUAAUUGGAGAAUGAUGCACGGACGCACAGAAUUCACUGGAAAGCGAAGGAUGUGUGGUGGAUAUAUCAACAACGAUGACUUCAUGUCAAAGUACCGUCUUCUCGAGUUUGGCCGUCAAAAGGUCCUGGACAACCUUGGGAACAACGCCUCCUUGAGCUACAACCCCAACUACCGCUACUGA